AUGUAAUACCAACAAACACAAGGAAUUAUUUAAUGCAAAAAAUGCCUCAACUUUAUAUCUAUAACUAAUAAAAUUUAAUCCAUUUAUGUUAUAGAUGAAAUUAAAUUUAUUUCCCUUGAAGGUAGUAUAUCAAGUGUUAUUAAAUCGGAAUAAAAGUUUAUUUCUGAGUAAAACUAAGACAAUUCUAAUGCAGUAACUGAAUUGUGUGUUUACGAAAUGUUUUUGUGCAGAAAUUGUAAAUCGGAAAUAGGAAGAAUGUAUAUUGCAACAACUGAAGCUUAUGAUUUGAUAAGAAUGAAAUUUCUAUUAUUUGAAGAUUGUAUUCAAUGUUAAGACGCUUAUAGCUGCGAAUAAUUAGACUUGAAUUAGGUUUUUAAGGAAAAUAUAGUAUUAUCUGCAAGUAAAAGUGCUUUAAAUCAUCAGCUGUCUUCAUCAAACAAAAAAAGUAUAAAUUAUUUAUCAAGAGAAGUGGUAGACCAAAAGCAAACAAACAAAGCAAGAUAAUCUUCUUAGAUUAAUAUAAAAAAUGAAAGCGAAUCUUAAAAUCAUGAAGAAAUUAAAGAAUCUAUCAAUAAUAUCAGUUAAGCAGUUAAAACAUUCGAAGAAAGUCUUAACAGCUUUGAUGAACGAAUAGGAAAUUCAGAAACCUAGUUAGAAUAUCUAAGUAGCAAAGUGAUUGAAUUGUUAAAGAUAUCUUCAGAAAUUAAAAAUUAACGAACACAUUAAAACCAAGAUUAUUCACAAAAUAAAUAAGAUUUAAACUCUACUCCUUACUAACGCAGGAAUUAGUUUGAAAUAUUUACUCAAAGCAACCACAGUCGAAAUCCAUCAUAUGGAUAUAAAAGUGAUAAAACAAACUGA